AUGUCAGAUUCCGGGAAAGGAAAAGCAUCAGCUUAUGGGCAAGUGUCCGAUUCCGUUCAAGGAAAAUAUGAUCGUUAUGUUCCUAAGUUGAUUGAUAACACUCAAGUUCAACAGGCAAAACUUAAAGAUAUGGCGAUUGGGAAUCCAUUUUUGCUCACUUCCUCCAACAAGAACGUUGUUCUUCCUCCUGUCGCAGCCUUGAUAGAACUCGAUUUGCAGCUGAGUGAAAGAGCCACUAAGAAUGUGGAGCUGGGGAAAAGAAAGAUCGAUAAGAAGGCUCAACGGUUCCAUGACUCGGUGUCUCUACUCGCCACUCGCCAGGAGUCAUUUCAGUCGAAUCUGACAGAUAUUCAAGCUUUUUUGGCCAAUAUUAGUCUCGUUUUUGUGGACUCAAAGGCUGACCUUAAUUUCCUCAAUCCUGUCGUCGCCACCAGCCUUGGCCUCGACAUUGAUCCUUCUGUGGUGGAACCCGUGACGGUAACUAAUGGUCGCCUCUGUUACAUUAAAGGAGUUGCCCGCAAUGUCUCGGUCCGUGUCCAAGAUUAUGUUUUUUCUUCGGAUAUACGUCUUUUGUCAGUCUUGGGAUGUGAUUUGGUCCUCGGAGCCGAAUGGCUGGAAUCUCUUGGCUACAUUGGAUGGCAUUUCAAACACAAAAUUAUGGAGUUUCAAAUUGACGGCACUAACUACCGUUUGAUGGGCCUACGCUCACCCGAUACGACUACCUACCCCCCUUCAUCCCCUGUUGUGUCUCCGCGUGGGGUCUUGGGUCAUUCGGUUGCCUUCUUGUUGCAUGCUCCCCCAUCUCAGGCAGGCGCACAACCCACUUCACCACCUAUUGAGCAAUUCCUGGAUACUUACCAAGACCUGUUCACACCUCCAACCGGUCUUCCACCUCUUAGACCCAUGGACCAUCGGAUAACCCUAUUACCGGGCACCCAUCUAGUCAACAUCUGCCCCUAUCGUUAUGCUCAUGCUCAGAAAGCGGAGCUGGAACGUCAGGUGGAGGACAUGCUCGCUGCUGACGUGAUUCGCCCUAGCUCGAGUCCCUUCUCGUCCCCUGCAUUGUUGGUCCAUAAGGAUGAUUUUUUCUCCAAACUGGACCUCCGUUCGGGUUUUCACCAAAUUCGGAUGUAUGAACCGGAUAUCCCCAAAACGGCUUUUCGAACACAUACUGGGCACUUCGAAUUUCUAGUUAUGCCAUUUGGUCUCUGCAAUGCUCCCUCCACAUUUCAGGCCCUCAUGAACUCUGUCUUCAAACAAUACCUACGACAGUUUGUGUUGGUGUUUUUCGACGAUAUCCUCGUCUUUAGCCCAACCAUGGAGACACACCUCACCCACCUGGUUUCGGUGUUUGAGGUUCUGCGCAUACACCACAUGAAAGUCAAGCCUUCGAAAUGCUCUUUUGGCCAAUCCUCCGUUGCGUACCUUGGAGACAUUAUCUCGGCUGCAGGGGUUGCCGUUGACUCUCAGAAAGUGCAAUGCAUCUUGGAGUGGCCUCACCCUCGUACCCUCAAGGGUUUAUGCGGCUUCUUAGGCCUUGUGGGUUACUACCGCAAAUUUAUACGCAACUUUGGGAUACUUACUCGCCCACUGACCGAUCUUCUGAAGAAAGAUAAUUUUAAGUGGAACUCCACGGCCGAUAAGGCAUUCUUGGACCUUAAACAGGCCCUUACAUCCAUACCGGUUUUGGUGCUUCCGGACUUCACCAUGCCUUUCACCAUUGAAUGUGAUGCUUCAGACGUCGACCUAGGGGCUGUUCUCUCUCAACACCACCAUCCCAUCGCUUUCCUCAGCAAAUCAUUGGCCGAGAAACAUAAGGCUCUAUCUGUUUAG